GAGAGAGAGAGACAGGCUGGGAUGAGUUGUGGCUCGUGGAUGGGAGAGUUUGGAUUUUGAAUAAAGACAGAUUAGGGGCUCCGUGGGAUACAUCUUCAACUCUCUUGAUUUCGAUUAUAUAUUCAUAAUCGUCUAUCUAUAUCUAUAUCCAUAUAUAUAUACAUGUGGUGGUGGCACUGGGUAUGGAGAGAGCUUACGGCGGCGCCGGCGGCGGAGCGAUGAUGACGAGAGAUCCAAAGCCUCGCCUGAGAUGGACUGCCGAUUUGCACGAUCGGUUCGUCGAUGCUGUAACUAAGCUUGGAGGCCCUAACAAGGCUACUCCGAAAUCAGUUCUGAGACUAAUGGGAUUGAAGGGCUUAACAUUGUAUCAUCUCAAGAGCCAUUUACAGAAGUACAGACUCGGACAGCAGCAGACGAAGAAACAGAAUGCUGUCGAAGGAAACAAAGACUUAAACUCGUACGGUCACCACAACUUGCACGACUCGAGCACGAGCACGAGCACUAAUUCAUGGAGCGCGAACAGCGAGCACCGAGAUAUCCCUGUAGCUGAAGCAGUCAAGACUCAGAUUGAAGCGCAGAAAAGGCUACAAGAACAGCUCGAGGUACAAAAGAAGCUUCAGAUAAGGAUUGAAGCACAAGGCAAGUAUCUUCAGGCGAUACUCGAAAAUGCUCAGCGCAGCCUUUCAGCCGGCACGAAUCAGUCCGAAAGCCUCGAAUCAACGAAAGCUCGGUUAUCAGAUUUUAACUUGGCGCUGUCGAGUUUUAUGCAGACUAUUAAUGGAGAUGGCCGGAAUGGCUCGGAACUUGAGAGUGGAAAGGCGCUGGAGUCGAGUUACAAUGUGGAGACACGUGUCGUCAAGCUUGAAGGGCGUUCUGUAGAAUUCGACUUGAACUCGAGAAGUAGCUACGACUUGAAGUAGCUACGACUUUAUUGGCAUCGAUGGAUCGGUGUUUGAAGCCAAACCUCUUGAAAAUAGAUGAAACUUUGGUGUAAAUUAAACUUGAAUUUGAGUUAUAAUAUAUGUUGUGUAUGUUUCUUGCAUU